AUGACAAGGCCUAGCCCCGUGAUCACUGGCCUCAGGAGCCUAGACGCCUUGGCUCGCCUGCUCGACCCAUCUCCAAGGCCUCGUCAAAAUGCUGCUUUUGGCAGGAGAUUGGAAUUAGGGGUCUCUGAAGUUGGAAAUGGAGGACCAUUUCAACAAGCUGGGAUUACUCUUGUCGGACCGCCUCGUCCACCAAGACUUAUUUCUCCACCAUUUGAGGAGGUGCUGAACGAGUUGGUCGGAGGGAUGGCCCGGCAGAAUGACCUGCAGCCAGGGCCGCCUCCGGCUCCGGUUGCUGCAGUUUCAGCCAUCGAAGCCUUACUGCCAAGGGUGAAACUCACGCAGAAGCAUUUAGAUGACGACCCAAGUUGCCCGGUGUGCAAGGAAGAUUUUGAGCUUGGUGGGGAAGUGAGACAGAUGCCAUGCAAACAUUUCUAUCAUUUCGAUUGCAUUGUCCCUUGGCUCUCCAUCCACAACACUUGCCCUGUUUGCCGCUAUGAGCUGCAAUACACUUACGACAACUACGUUCUAGAAGACUUUAGAGAUGAUGAAGGUUUUCACUUUGAAGAUCUAACAAACGGGCUGAUCAACUGGUUAUGGAAUCGACUGUUCUUUUUCUGGCCUUUCCGUGCACUGUCGAGUUGGGCACAACGCUACCUUAAUUUUGAAGAUUCUACUCCAUACUAG